GCAACCGCAAACAACCCGAAGCGCUCCCCCCUCGCGCCGCACCCCAAACCCUAACGCGCGCAACGAGCGACCGAGCCGGCGAGCGAGAGAACCAUGGCGGCGACGGCGGCCACGCAGCAGAAGAUUCGGUGGGGCGAGCUCGAGGAGGAGGACGACGACGGCGGCGACCUUGGCUUCCUCCUCCCGCCGCGAGUCGUCAUCGGGCCCGACGAGAACGGCGUCAGGAAGGUGAUCGAGUACCGCUUCAACGACGAGGGCAACAAGGUCAGGGUCACCACCACCACCCGCACCCGCAAGCUUGCGCGCGCGCGCCUCUCCAGGAGCGCCGUCGAGCGCCGCUCGUGGACCAAGUUCGGCGACGCCGUCAAGGAGGACGCCGGCUCGCGGCUCACCAUGGUCUCCACCGAAGAGAUCCUCCUCGAGCGCCCACGAGCCCCAGGGAGCAAAGCUGAGGAACCAACUACUUCUGGUGAUCCACUGGGUAUUCCAAGUACGGUAGGUGCUCUUCUCAUGGUUUGCAGAACCUGUGGGAAGAAGGGUGACCACUGGACCUCAAAGUGCCCCUACAAGGACCUUGCUCCACAGACAGAAAGUUUUGUCGACAGGCCUACUACUGCGGACGGCCCUGCAGCACCAGGUGGUGCUGGAAAGGGAUCAUAUGUUCCUCCAAGCAAGAGGGAAGGUGCUGAUAGAAGUGGAGCAGAUGUGAUGAGAAGAAGGAAUGAUGAGAACUCUGUCCGUGUGAACAAUCUCUCAGAGGAUACCCGUGAGCCCGACCUCCUCGAGCUGUUCGGUCCAUUUGGCCAUGUUAGCCGUGUCUAUGUUGCAGUGGAUCACAAGACUGGGUCAAGCAGGGGAUUUGGCUUUGUCAACUUUGUUCACAAGGAGGAUGGUGAGAAGGCUAUCAGCAAGCUCAAUGGGUAUGGUUAUGAUAACCUUAUCCUCCGAGUUGAGUGGGCAGCACCAAGGGCGAACUAGUUUUUGCUGCUACUAACUAGCAUCGCAUAUUUAUCUAUAGUAUUCUACUCCUAUAUCAGUAUGGUCGUCUAAAAUAUUACUUCUGUUAUGCGCAUAUCCUCUGUCGUAAACUGGUGCUGGGUUAUUUUGUUUGAACGAGAAUAAUUAUACUUGCUGCUGUAUCUGUUAUCUGCUAAUAUUUCAAAUGCAAAUUUUGGAGGA